AUGGCCGUGUCACUGCAUUGUGCAUUCACAGCUGAUCCGGCGCCAGCGGUUCCUCUCUCCCGGCCGAGCUCCCUCCAAGAUGUCUCCAGUCGCCUGUCCACCGACGCCGAUCUACUCCACAUCCACCAGGUGUGCGCCCACUGGCGAGCUUCAACCUCCGCGCUGGUCGCCCUCCGCCCGUGGAUCAUCGCCGGCCGGGAGCCGUGGCAGGAGGUUGGCCCGAUCGGCGAGUACUCGUUCUGGCUCCCCCACGGCGGCCGCCGAGAGUUCUGCCCGGGCGCCCCGGCCGGCCUCCGCUACUGCUGCGGCGCGCCCCGCGGCUGGCUCGCCCUGACGGACUGCGCGCAAUCCCCCACUCGGCUUGUUCUCUGGGAGCCCAUCUCGAAAGCCGAGAUCUUUCUGCCCUGUUUGCCCGCCGUCGCUCAGAUCUUCCUCUCCGGCGACCCGCUCGCCUCGGCGGGCUGGACGGCGGUCGCGAACCAGAAGACCCUGUUCUCCAGCGGAGCGCGCAGGCUCUUCUUCUGGCGUCCUGGGGACGCCGCCUGGUCCCCACUGCACGACCGCGUGUUCUGCAGGAUCGACAGCGCGGCGUUCCACCAUGGCAGAGCCUACCUCAUCGACGCGGCGUGGCGGCUCCGUAUCUACGACCUCGGAGGAGCCUCCACCCCGCGGCUCGUCCGGAACACACCCUUCCGCCUUUCGGCGGAGAAGGAGUUGUCGUUCCAGGUCAUGCGCUCGCUGCACGCCGUGCCCUGCGGAGGCGAGUGCCUGCUCGUCCUGGUGUACGGCGGGCACCGGCCGGCGCGCGCCGAGGUGCACAGGUUGGAGGUGGCGGCGGAGCCUCUCGUGGAGAUCGGUCAGAGGGUGAGGGACCUCGGCGAGCACUCGCUCUUCGUGGGGCGCGGCGACGCGUUCGCGCUCUCGGCGAAGGAGUUCCCGGCCGUCCGGAAGAACUGCGUCUACUACGCGGAGCACGGCAACUUCUGGAGAGAGCGGUGCUGGGCGACCAUCUUCGACCUGGGGUCAGGAUCUUUGGAACGAAUCCCCUACCCCGAUGAUCCCAGCAGGGAGGACGGCAGCGGCUGCUGGCAGGCGUACUCGUGGUUCUGUCUCAAAGAGCCAUUGCUCAAGGAGCAGUGUGCUUGA